AUGAAUUCCAAACCGUUUAAUAACGCACCAAAAGUGACAAGGGAAGAUCUAGAAAGAGAAUUUGACAAAACCGAGUGUAAUCUAAAAAGUAGCUCUGACGAACUCACAGAUGGGGCAGAAUAUACAGAGGAAGAGCUGCCACACAGGCGAACAAAUCAGGAGAUGUGCAGAUGGAGCGUCUUCACCGAAUGCAGUAAAAAGAAGCAUCAGACGGGCAUAUUUUUUAUGGGCACUUCCAAAAAGGUGAAUGCAUAUAUCCGCGGUCCAGUGGGUGAGUCCAUAUGCUGGGAAAAGGGGUCCAUCCCAAUUUAUGGAAAAUUAAAAACUUUUAAAAGGAGAAAAACAAAUCCACGUGAAGAUUUCCUUUUCAGUGUGGGUACAUCACAUAAGGAUAAUCCACCUCAUACAUGCGAUGGUAGCAGCGAUGGUAGCAGCGAUGGUAGCAGCGAUGGUAGCAGUGAUGGUGGCAGUGAUGGUAUUGGAAGGGAGACCCCCUUUGCGCAUCACAACAAGGGGAACCACAACGCCAGGGGGAAUAAGCCAAACACUGCAACGUUAGGAAGAACGAGGGGGAGAAACCUAAAUGAGGAGGCAACCCCAUCGUGCAGGAUCGAUGGGAAGAGUAAGAACAAUGAUCGGCAUAAUGUUGAACACACUAAUUUUGUAAAAGCUGCAGGAGAGGAGACACCCAAUGGGAGUAAUGGGAAACCAUUUCGGAUUAACAAAAACCAGAUGAACAUUCCCCGAAAAUGCAUAGACCAAGGGAUGCCACCCUACAGUUCCAGUAAAGCGAACGAACAGGGAUAUGUCCUCCUAACGACCCAAAUGAGCAAAUGUGCCAGAGGAAAGUUACGCUUAAGGAUAAGUGGGAAGAACCAAUUAGACAAAAUGUCGCAAGUACCACUGGAGGGAAAACCAAAUGAGGGUUCCACUCACCGUUUUGGCGAUUUACUCAAAGGAAUACUUCCCAAAGGAGGGAGGAAAAAAAAAGUUUACUACAGAGGGUACAUAAUGAAGAAGAGCUACAAAAAUAGGGUCAAUCAGGAGCGACAUGCUGUUCAACAUAAUGAGAAACAAAGAGAAUCAAAACGGGUAGCGGCAGGUUACGAUGUAGCGUCGAAGCAAAAGAGACAAAAGGGAAGCCCUCACGUGCGAAUAUGGGCCGAUAAAGAGAGCGCACGGAAUAUUCACCCCAAAUGUACCAUCGAUUUUGUUAGAAAGUUCGCAUCUGUUGACAAAAGAAUGAAAAAUUACCUAAAUGAGCAGCUUAAAUAUUAUGGAUCAAAUGUGAGGAGGGAAAACCUCGAACAAGUUUGUCUCUUCCUCAGGAGAAGGCCUCCACGGAGAGUUCCCCAUGGGUUGGUCAUCAGCCGAAGCCACAGCAUUGAUGAAGAGGGGCGCCCAAGCGUGCCAGCCCGUCCGUGUCAAAAUUGCAAACAGGCGAUAAACCUCAAGCGCUACAUAAUGGAAGGAGUUGACAAAAAAAACACCGCAACGAGGAUGACCGCGACGGAUGUACCCCUUGCAGCAUCGGACUUAAUAAUAAAACAAAGGAGCGGUCGGGAAAAAGAAAAAAAAGGACAAACGACGAAUUUAUCACAAAAAAAUAAACUGACAGACGAGUUAAAAAAUUUAAAAAAAUUGCAAAAAGAGGAAAUCAACUUCUCCACCAUUUACACACAUUUGACGAAUGAAAAAAAGAUUUUAAAAAAAAUACUAAACCAACAAAUAAGGAACAAUAAAAAAGAUUAUUUAAAAAAAUUAAUUCAAGUGAAAAAAUGUAUUACCAAUUUUGUUACCCAUUUUGAGCAAAUUCUUGCAAAAAUACAGGCAGAAAAAAAUGGGCCAUAUGGCCAAACACACGAUGAAGACAGGUACUAUCAUAUUAGUUCCCUCCUAAAAUUGGUGAAGGACGUUAUAGGCAUUUUGGCCGAUCAUUUCUAUCACAAGGAAUAA